AUGUUGGGUGCAAAGCUGACGAUGAACAUUGAUGCGAACACACUCCCUCCGGUGUUCAAGGACGCUAUCGACAUCUCGCGUUCAUUGGAAGUACCAUAUCUUUGGAUUGAUGCCUUGUGCAUCGUCCAAAAUGACGCUGAAGAUUGGGAUAAAGAAGCAGCAUUAAUGGGCCAGGUUUACAGCAACGCCUUCUGCAACCUAGGAGCUUCCGCGGCCGCCGAAAAGUCGGCGCAGCGCAAAGAGUUCAAGAGAACGUACGGGUCAUACCUGAAGCGAGACUCUAGUAUGACGGCUCGAGUUCUGUUGAGGCGUGGUUGGGUACUCCAGGAGCGCCUCCUGAGUCCCCGGUCGAUAUAUUACGACGACAAACUGCACUGGGAGUGCUCUGAACUUCACGCAUGCGAAACCUUCCCACAAGGCGCACCGAACGCGGGUGGCUUCAAUCCGUGGGGCAAAGACGGCUUCCCGUUCCGUGCCGCAAAUCUUCUGUACGAUGAGAUGAAAUAUAAGAAGUUUGGCAUCUACAGUCCACAGAAAUGCCCACCUGAUGUUGCACAAAUCCGCGAAGUGUACAGGAAAUGGCUGCACGUUGUGGAAAACUUCUCGAAUUGCCAGCUCACGUAUGAAGAAGAUCGUUUCCCGGCUCUCAUGGGACUUGCGAAGUACUGGCAAGCCACUACCAAGGAUCAUUAUGUGGCUGGAAUGUGGAGACGCGAUCUUGUGUAUGGUCUUCUGUGGUCCCAGAAAUAUCCUACUCACAAGAAACCUCUGCCAAGGGACUAUCGUGCGAAGAUCGAAGAAGUAGUCACGCAUCCGAGCGGCACAGAUCCGAUGGGUAGACUGUCAGGUGCCAAACUCCGCGUCACGGCACCCAUACGACAACUAAAGCAACCUUUCGAUCUUUCACAAGAUACCCGCAAACCAUUGUACUUCCAUUCAAUGGAUGAAGGUGCAUACAGAAACGGAUAUUACGCCGACCGGACACUCUUACUGUUACUCACAUACAGAGUCAAGCUUCUGUAUGGCACUCAUGAGAUCUUGAGACUAUCGGGUCUAAUCCUUGAACGCGUCGCUGGUAAGAAGGUCUUCAAACGAAUUGGAAUGUUUGAACACGGAUGGUUUCAGCACCGUCUCUCAAACGGCGAGUGGCCUCUCUUCAUCGACUGGGACCCGCUUCGCGAGAAGAAGACUACGUUGACCAUCAUAUGA